AAACUGUGUCUUGUCAAGUGUUAUCAUCAGCAAGAGAACGUCAAAAAACAAAAUAUCAUUAUAGCCGAGUUUUCUGGACAAAUUCAUUUAGGACACGUGUACUUGCUGUAUUUAGUGUUGAUUGAAUCACGAUUGCUUCAUUAUUUAGAACAUACAGAAAUCGGUGACUUCAUAGAGUCAGUGUUGUUUUGAACUUAGUUGAAAAGCGGCAAAAUGUCGGAAUUCAAGGACUGGUACAAUAGUGUACCAUUUUUCACUCGUUACUGGUUAACGUUUACAAUAGCUUUAAGUAUUAUUGGAAGAUUUGGAAUUAUAAGUUAUAGAACCUUGAUUCUUGAUUUCUAUCCAUUCAUAAGCCAGUUUCAGAUAUGGCGACCUAUCACAGCCCUAUUCUAUUACCCAAUAGGUCCUUCCACUGGCUUCCAUUUCCUAAUCAAUUGUUACUUCCUCUACAAUUAUUCACAAAGACUCGAAACGGGCAUGUUUGCUGGUAAACCAGCAGACUACUUCUACAUGUUGCUGUUUAAUUGGUUGAACUGUGUUAUCAUCGGAAUAUUAGUGAAUUUGCCGAUCCUAAUGGACCCUAUGGUGCUGUCAGUACUGUAUGUAUGGUGUCAGCUCAACAAGGAUGUGAUUGUGUCAUUCUGGUUCGGCACUCGCUUUAAAGCUAUGUAUCUGCCAUGGGUACUUCUAGUAUUCAACCUAGUUAUUAGUGGAGGUGGUGUUAUGGAAUUGCUGGGUAUCCUUAUUGGACAUCUUUCGUUCUUCCUGUUGUUCAAAUAUCCUCAAGAAUUUGGCGGUCCAGCUCUUCUCACUCCACCGGCUUUCUUAAAGCAAAUCUUCCCCGACACGAGGUACGUUGGCGGUUUUGGUACUGCACCUCAGGCAAGGGUGCCCACGAGACCCGGCGGUACCGUCUUUGGUGGACAUAACUGGGGCCGUGGUCAAGCUCUAGGAGGCAACUGAGGAGACGUUAACAAACCAAAUAAACUUUUAUCACAAGUGAAUGCAUCGAAUUUUAUUAAUUUAAAUUUAUAGCGUAUGUUCUAUAUACGCAUGUGGAACAAACUUGACAGGAAUAGUUAAAAAUGAUGAAAUGAUAAACUUAAAAAGAAAUAUAUUUAAAAGUAUUAAAUAUACAAAUGGUUAACAUUAACGUUGGAUCCACUUUAGAUCCGAUUUUUGAUAGCUAACAAUUGUACCUAACUAAAAAAAAAUAUGAAAUUAAAAUCAUUAUCAAAACAAAAAAGGCAUUUAUUUACGUUUUAAAAAACGAUUAUAUAAAUUUAACAUGAAUUGUUGUAUUGUGUGUAUGACAUGUGUGUAUUAGAGUACUUUAAAUAAUUCCUUUGACACAACACAACGC